AUGGCACCAAUCACGCGGAAUACUUCACUCAAGGCGCUUCAAACGAGGUUGAAGGCUCUUUUGGGAAUGUUCGACGAUAUUUGCCGUUUUGUCGACUCGAUGGAUGAUGACACUCCAGCGACAGUUCGUAUAGAGAAAUUGGACGAAUUAUGGGAUCAGAUCAACGACACAACAAUGGAGAUCGAGAUGCACGAAGAUUUCAAUGACGAUGACGAAACCUACUCCAGGAAACGAUCGGAAUUUGGCGAUCGUUAUUACAGGGCGAAAUCUUUGCUACUUGAGAAGGUCAAGGAGCCAGAGGAGAAGUUGAACCUUUCAAUUACCAACCAACAACCAAUCCAUGAGCACGUUAGACUCCCACAAAUCAAGUUGCAGACCUUCGAUGGCAACAUUGAUGAGUGGUUGAGCUUUAGGGAUCUGUAUUUGACAUUGAUUCAUUGCAAAACAGACUUACCAGAUGUAGAAAAACUCCACUAUUUAAAGGGGUUCUUAGUAGGAGAAGCUAGGUCUUUGAUAGACUCGCUCGCAAUCACCAAAGCGAAUUACCAGAUAGCGUGGGAUGCGUUAAUGAAACGCUAUAAUGAUAGCAAGAUGCUCAAGCGUAGGCAGGUGCAGGCACUUUUUAAUUUACCAAGCGUUACAAGAGAGUCGGUAGCCGAACUGCAGUCACUUUUAGAAGCUUUUGAGCGUAUCGUUAAAACUUUGGAUCAACUAGUACAACCAGCCGAUUACAAGGAUUUAUUGCUACUGGAUGUGUUGUGUUCGAGAAUGGAUCCAACUACACGCAGAAGCUGGGAGGAGCAUUCUACUCCAAAGGAGCAUAAUACGAUCGAAGAUUUAACGGAAUUCCUACAGAGGAGAAUAAGGGUGCUUAGUUCACUUCCCGAAGAAUCCGUCGAGGCGAAUCAGGAUUAUUCACAACAAUUCAAGGGGAAAAUACCUUUAGCCAAAACUAGCCAUAACGCAUUGAUAUCGUCCAGGGAACAAUGUGUAGUUUGUCCAGGGCUGGCUGCUAAAAAGUUACGUGAUGUGUACGGUGCGGAAGCCUUCAAAGAAAGACAGUACUUUUAA